CUUCAUUUCUCCCUUUCCCACAUCUCUUCUCCUCCUUCUCCCAAUGGAUGACGACGAAGUGGAGAUUCCCAAGUUCUUCCUCUGCCCAAUCUCCCUCGAAAUCAUGAAGGACCCAGUCACCGCAAUCACCGGCAUCACCUACGACCGCGACAGCAUCGAGCACUGGAUCUUCACUGGCCGGAACACCACCUGUCCGGUCACAAAACAGCCCCUCCCCGCCGGCUCCGACCUCACCCCCAACCACACCCUCCGCCGCCUCAUCCAGUCGUGGUGUACCUGCCGCGGCAUCGACCGGAUCCCCACUCCCAAGCCCCUCCUCGACCGCUUCCACGUCAUCAAGCUCCUCCGCCGCCUCCCUUCCGACCGCCUCCUCGUCCUCCGUUGCCUCGAGACCCUCGCCUCCGAGCACGACCGCAACCGCAGGCACCUCGUCGACGCCGGCGUCCCCGGGGCCAUGGUCGGCAUCCUCCUCGAAUCCUUCGACCGGCGGGAACCGCACGCCCCUGGACUGCACGAGGCGGUCCGGGUGCUCCACCUGGUCCGGGCCGGCCCGGUCGAGAUGAAGCUGACACUGCAGCAACAUCACCAGAUAGACCGAAUCGUCCAGGCGCUGACGUGGCUGUUGGAAUUUUCCAACAAUCACGUCACCUACAAUGCAGUCUCAGUGAUGAGACUGCUUUUUGAAGAAACGUGCUCUAGCAGCAGCAGUAAUAAUAAUAUUGCGACGGAGCGGCUGUGCCCCGACUUCUUCGAGAAGAUUGUGGGGUUCCUGAGAGCGGCACGAGCUGCUGCUGCCGAUCACGAUGAUCAUGAUCACGGUCAUCGCGAUCGGCAGCAGGCGGUCAACUCAGCCUUGACAGUGAUGUUGAGGGUUUCCCCUCUGGGGAAGAACCGAGUGGCGAUGGUGGAGUCUGGCGCGGUGUUCGAGCUCGUGGAGCUCGAGCUGGCCGCGGCGGGGUCGCUGACGGAGAGCAGGAGGACGACGGAGCUGGUGCUCGGGGUCCUGUUCAACCUGUGCUGCUGCGCGGAAGGGAGGGCGGAGUUCCUGAGGCACAGGGCGGGGGUGGCAGUGGUGGCGAAGAGGCUGAUGAAGGCGUCGUCCCCGGCGGCGGACGAGAGGGCGGUGAUGAUACUGUCGUCGGUGUGCAAGUUCUCCGGGACGAAUGCGGUGCUGCAGGAGCUGCUGAGCGUGAAGGCGGUGGCGAAGCUGUGCGUGGUGCUGCAGUCGGACGCGGCGGCGCAUCUGAAGGAGAAGGUGGCCGAGAUCUUGAGGCUCUACUCCGGCGAGGAGUGGAAGAGCAAUCCUUGCAUGGACACGUGUCUCUUGUCCAGGUAUCAGUAUCAGAGUUAGUUUAUAGUUACGGCAACUGUAAAUAUAUAUGUGUACACACUACUACUGCUACUACCGUUUUGUCGUUUGGAGAGGAAUCGUGUACGAGAUGGGUACGAAAUGGUUGCUUUUGGUCGUUAAAUAACCACACCGCUUUAUACAGUAAUAUAUGAUCCAUGAAAUGAAAGUGAUUAAGGAAAUGUGAUAUAUGCCACUUAUAGUUUGAGCAAUUUUAAGCCACAGAGUGAUUGUAUAUCACCAAUUAUAGGUUGAUCAUCAUUCAAGAAUGAUGAACUAGUUAAUUUUAAUUUUCUCAAACACAAAGUGAAUUUUCACCCCUGUAUCUCGAGGUACGAGGUUCAAGUUAAUUAGAUACACGUUGUCUCGUAAUCAAUAUGUUAUUGAUGU